UAUAGACAGGUUCUUAUACACACAAUCUGCCUCCGUGGGAAUCGUUUUUAGUGGUCACUAAAGGCAGGUGGCCACUAUAGACAGGUGGCCACUAACACAGGUUUGACUGUAUUUCACUAAACAUGCACCACCACAAUAUUCCUCACAGGUCAGCAUCUUUUUACCUAGAUAGUACCAGCAGUAUUUGAGAAAGAAUUAAGUAAUGAAAUAUUUAAGAGUAUAAUAAAUCGCAAGCAUUUGGAUUACUUAAUAUUAAUCAGUUGAACUUGCAGUGUGGUCCCAUGAACACUGUAUUUUACCUUUUUAUGAAAUUAUGAAUGUAUGAUUAUGUGAUAUAGUUUUCUUAACUAAUAUUUUAAUAUUUUUUGUAUUAUUAUGAUUAUGUAAUGCCUCUGUACCUUUGUAAACUCAUCGCAAUUCAACUUUGUCGCAAUGAUGUUUUUUUAUCAAUAAACCAGUUAUCUAUCUAUCUUAAUAGAUCUGAGGCUUAAAACCACUAACUACAUGAAUAUGAUAGAAAUGCAGUGAGUAUUGCAGAGAGGUAAGUACACCAUUGUGUUUACCAACCUCUCACAAUACGGCUGCAAGGACUAUGAAUGCUUAAAUACUGGAAGAAAAAAUUGAAAUGGAAACUUAGACACUGAUGGGCAUAUGCAGUCUUUUCAUUCACUUCUACUUCAGUUCUUAUCAUCAAAACCUGUUCAGCCACUGACUGACAAGACUUGGUGGUGUGAUGUUUGAAGCACUGAACAUAAAUCUGCUUAUGUUCACUACUUGAAACUUAUAUUUGUGCCGUUUCAAGUGUAUUCACUGUAUGGUCCUGGAAUAAUUCAAGGCACAUAUGAAUUUUUCAUGCAUAACCUAUUCAUUGGUUGCAGCUUGAAAUACUUUUUAUCUUGUAGCAAACCAUUCUGCUACAAGGAUGUCUCCCUGCAGAAAACACAAAAUACGAAAAAAGUGAUGCUCGGGACAAUAGUGUGCAGAAUGUGGUUGCUGGGAUCGUAAAUAGGGGUGUUUACAAAGGUUUCUUUUAUAUAUAUAUAUAUAUACUUCAAUGCAAACUCUUGUCAAGAUCAGUUUAUGAACUCUACUCCACUCCAAGUAAAACAAAUACUGAGAAAAGGGAUUGGAACUGGAGAAUAGAAGUCGCUCUAGCAUACAUCACUGCUUACUUCCUUUGAAGUAAAUAAUUGAAAUAACGUGUCAUUUAUUCUGACUUCUUUUUUGUGUAAUCAAAGUACUGCUGCUGAUUUCAAUUACCUAUCCGCACCCCGGUCCCCAUACUGAUUUUCAGGCAGAAAACCUGGAUACUCAAAAUUUUAUCAAGUUGUUGACAGAUCUGGCAGCUUGUCACAUGACAGUUGUUGAUAUUGUAGCAUAAUGAGUUGUACCUUAGAGUUAUAGGUCAUAAUUUGAUCGUAGAGGGCGAUAUUUUUAUGUUGUGAUACUUGCGUUUAUGGAGAAGUACGUCAGUUCGCUGGGAGCUGCGAUGACCUGCGGUUGUGAAUAGUAGCUCUGAUUAUUAAAGUAAGACUUAUACCAUACACAAGAUCUUUCCACUAUGCUUUCUUUAUAAGGCGAGUGUUAGUGCUUGAUUCUGCAUGUAUUUCAGAGAGGUCUCAGAGGAAGAUAGUAUACUACGUUGCACAAUAGACUUUUGUGAGAGAAUCUGCCCCCAAAACAAGUAUAUGAGUGAAGAGUGGACAGCAUGGACUGGGUUCUGAAGACUGUGAGACAGCAGAAUGCUACCCCGACAGAGCUCGGAUACGCCACACUGGUGCCCGCGGUGGAAUAUUACACUGGAAACUCAGACAACUUAAGGCGCCUGUAUUACAGGUAGCGCCACAUAUAGCGCCUAUGAAGAUCGCCAGGAGAGAGGCAAGAAGAGAGCGCCUACGCCUAGGAAGGGUGCCUGGAGAGAGGCAAGAAAAGAGCGCCUAUGUACGUUGGUGAAUAGCGCCUUGAGUGUGUGUGUAGGCGACAGCGUGGAUGGUGCCUAUGAAUGUAAAUGUAUAGCGCCUAGGAAGGGAACCUGGAGAGAGGCAAGAAGGUAGUCCAUGUGGACAGGUUGAAGCCCUACGAAGGAGUGCCAUUUCAGUCCUGGUUAGAGGCUCAUGAAAAUGAGCAGGGAGUUCUCGUUCAGAGUGAGGGACUCCAGGUAAUAGAGGAGGGAAUCGACCCCAUUGUGAGGGAAGGUUCAGGAGUUGAGGAGCCUCUCGUACCAGCUCCGCGAAAGGCUCCUAUUCCAGCAAUAAAAAGGAAUCCCCCAAGAACUAGAAAUCCGUAAGUUAGUGACUGUGACAGAUGUGAUAUUCUGACAUUUUGAGACAGAAUUUAAUCAAUUCUUUUUGUGUGUGUUUUUCUGAUUACAGUGGUACAAGAUGAGGCACCGGGUGGCAUCUGACUUUGAAUGCUUCGACUGUGGAGCGAGGUUCUCACAUGAAAGGAGUCUCCACCAACACAUCGAUGAGAGUCAUCGAUGUCAAAGGCUGUAUACUUGUGACAUUUGUGAGAAGGGGUAUUCCCGCAGAGACAACCUUAGGGCCCACAUGGUGAACCAUGAGAGACGUCCAAAGGUGAGGUCAGAAGUCCACAUGAGCGACAAAGGAAGGAGAGAAUGUGAAGGAUGUCGGACAACUCGAGAACAUGAGAAGACAACAACUCGGAUCUGUAAGAUUCAAGUUGACGUCUGUGAGAAGGGGUAUUCCCGCAGAGACAACCUUAGGGCCCACAUGGUGAACCAUGAGAGACGUCCAAAGGUGAGGUCAGAAGUCCACAUGAGCGACAAAGGAAGGAGAGAAUGUGAAGGAUGUCGGACAACUCGAGAACAUGAGGAGAAGACAACAACUCGGAUCUGUAGUGAGGUACAAGAGCCAACCAUUGCUGAGGCAGAGAUUCAAGUUGACGUCUCUCCUGGCACUAUGGAAGCGGUAGAUUCUUGGAAAAUGGGCCCAGGACUCAGUGGGAAACCACUUAGCCUCCUGCGUCAACAGGUGAAGGAUGAGCAGUCUGAGGAUUCUGAAAAUGAACAGGAGGAGGGCAUGGACUUGCCUGAGAAAGUGAAGUUAGGAAAACCUAUCGUCGGUCCCUCAUACACCAAGAUUAAUCAUGUACAUGAGGGGGAUGUGGGUCCGGCUAUGUCGGUAGAGGAUUUGGAGCGUGGAUUAGUUGGGAACCUAAAAACUAUCACCGAAAAAACCACGCGCCGAGUGUUCCGAAAUGGAGAAUUAGUAUCGGAGGACGAAGUCACAAAGGAGUUUACGGUUGAUAUGAUGGUGGGAACAACCAAGGCCGAAACAGAUUGAUCAGCUAAAGAUCUCAUCAUCCAGAACACUUUUCUGAACUUUUGUUAUAUAUAAAAACAGUAUCUCUUCCAUGAGGAACAUUCCAUCUUGUUGUUUUUGUAUUCCGAUUUAUUGCCUUGAUGUAUGUUAUACUCUAUUACCUAUUGUGUCUUCCUUGCCUUUCUUCUUAUCUUUCCUAUAUCCUCCUCAUCUUGACAUUUCCCUGCUCUCACUACAACUCUCCUCGCUUUUUCUAUCUAUUUCUGUACAUAGAUUAUUUUGUUCUUGUUUUGUGAGGACAGUGCUUACAAAAAGUUAUAUUUGAUGUCACUGAUUAAGCAGUUGAAAAAAAGAUCAGUAUCUACUUUUUUAUAAAAAAAUAUUUAAUACCUCAUGUUUGGACAUGAAACUCAGGAUGUUAUUUGAUUUUCUUUAGGAAGGUCUUAGAGAUGUCUUUAAACUCAUAAGUGUGUUAAGAACAGUGCUUUCUGUAUUUUCUACUGCCAAUGUAUAUACCUGUAUAUUUUUAACAAUAUUUUUUGUUAUACUUUCUUUUUUAUAAUUAUUGUUUCUGCCAUCGAUGUUUCACUCUUGAAGGGUGAGUUGAGUUUUGAAAAGAUGUAUUUUUAGGCUUUUUGGUUUUAUACGUGGUCUGAGGACAGUCCAGACUUGGGGAGGGGCUGUGUAGCAUAAUGAGUAGUACCUUAGAGUUAUAUGUCAUAAUUUGAUCGUAGAGGGCGAUAUUUUUAUGUUGUGAUACUUGCGUUUAUGGAGAAGUACGUCAGUUCGCUGGGAGCUGCGAUGACUUGCGGUUGUGAAUAGUAGCUCCGAUUAUUAAACUAAGACUUUCACCGUACACAAGAUCUUUCCACUAUGCUUUCUUUAUAAGGUAAAAGGUAUUAGUGCUUGAUUCUGCAUGUAUUUCAGAGAGGUCUGAGAGGAAGAUAGUAUACCACGUUGCACAAUAGACUUUUGUGAGAGAA